GGAUCAAAUAACUUUUAAACUGCAGUUGCUGGAACAGCGAUUACUUGAAGAAAAUGAUUCCUCCAGAAUGGUUUAUGAAACAUCACCCGUACCCGAAGUUAGGAGACGGCCACCGGGAUUGGAUGGCAUACCAAAUCGAAGUAAAAUGACAUUAAAUUUUCCACAUUCACCUGCCCCAGCAACGGAAUCUGAAACCGAGAAGAAACUAAAGAAAAUUCACAAACAGACUGGUAUUUUAACAAUAAACAAUCACAAAUACAAAUCCGACAUCAAAGAUCUCGAACAUUUGGGCGACUUGGGCAAUGGCACAAGCGGGAAUGUCGUCAAGAUGCGUCACAAACCCAGUGGCACUAUAAUUGCCGUAAAACAAAUGCGUCGUACCGGCAAUACGGAAGAGAAUAAACGUAUCCUUAUGGAUUUGGAUGUGGUACUGAAAUCACACGACUGCCAAUAUAUAGUACAAUGUUUCGGUUGUUUUAUAACGGAUGCUGAUGUAUGGAUAUGCAUGGAAUUGAUGUCGAUGUGUUUUGAUAAAUUAUUGAAAUUAUCGAAGCAACCGGUGCCAGAACAAAUAUUGGGAAAGGUGACGGUGGCGACAGUAAAAGCCUUAUCCUAUCUAAAGGAUAAACAUGGUGUUAUACAUCGUGAUGUCAAACCAUCAAAUAUAUUAAUUGAUGAACGUGGUAACAUAAAACUCUGUGAUUUUGGUAUUAGUGGUCGUUUGGUGGAUUCAAAGGCAGCCACCCGGUCAGCAGGAUGUGCAGCAUAUAUGGCCCCCGAACGCAUCGACCCUAAAAAAAUAAAAUAUGACAUUCGAGCUGAUGUUUGGUCUUUGGGUAUUACUCUAGUUGAAUUGGCAACGGCUAGGUCUCCCUAUGAAGGUUGUAAUACAGAUUUUGAAGUUUUAACAAAAGUCCUAGCCAGCGAACCACCAAAAUUACCCGAAAAUGCCGAUUUUCAUUUUAGUGAAGAAUUUCACAGUUUUGUUAAUAAAUGUUUAACAAAGGACCAUAUGCAACGUCCCAAAUAUCCUGAACUUUUGGAACAGCCUUUUAUUAAAUACUAUGAAGAAGCUGAUGUCGAUAUACCCCAAUGGUUUAGAUCUGUUGUUGAUUCAACGGGUAUUAGAACUCAUCGUAGAACACAAAUACCCACAUCGAAGAUCCCGGCAACCUACGAUGCUAGCAAACAUUAUAAAAAUCCACACAAUGCUUUAAACUAUGAUACAUCCGCAUCAUCAUCGACACUAUCAUCAGCUGCAACAGCAUCGCCAUCCUCAUCGUCAAAUACAAAUCCAUUUGUAACAGGAGCUAUAACAGGAACAGCAACGACAAAAAUGACAAUAAAUACAACAAAAUCCUCAUUGGCAUCAUCAUCAGCAGCAGCAGCAACAGCAUCAUCACAAUCGCAAAUACCAAGUUAUUACGGUACUGGAAGCCACUAUCAUCAGCCACAACGUACUAAUAGUUAUCAUCGAGAACAUCAUCAGCAGCCGUCACAACUACCUCAAUCUAUAAAUCAAUACAAUAGCAGUAAUGCAAACACAACCACAACAACUGCAACAGGAACAAUAAAUUAUAAUCAGGGAUCAACGAUGGCAACAUCAUCAGGUGCUGCAACAUCUAAUGUUGGCCAUACACGACCUAACUUGGAGCGAUUACCAAGUGGUUCAGGCAGCAGCAGUGCCACUAGCUCAAGUCCUUUGUCACCGCCUAGUAUAACCACGCUCAAUACUAAUCAGGAACGAGAUACAAAAUUAGUUAACGAAAUGCAUAAAUUAUGUCGGAAAUCACCGUUUAUGCCAAAGAAAUUUAAUGGUUCGUCAUCAUAUAAUCGUUAUAAUAACACAACGGCAGCGUCAGGUGGUGGUGAUGAAAGUCCCAAAAAGGAAUCAGUACUAUCCUCAAUUGGUCAAUCAAUUUUACGCAAUUUGACAACAUCACCAUUUAGUCAAAAGAAAAAUACUUCCAAUACAGUUCAACCCAAUCAAAUUGAUCCAUUAUUUCGUAUGCCAUGUUCCCAGGAUACGAGUUAUUCCGCAUUUGAUACCAUGGAUCAUUCGACAAAUGUGAAUAAGACGCAAACGUCGAUUGCAACAGAUUCUCCAGCUUUACAACGUAAACGAUAUCAGAUGGGUAGCGAUUCCAAAUAUAAUAUCACAGCAGCAAAGAAACCUUCCACAGAUAUUAGUCCCGGUACGGCAGCAUCAUCGGGAUUGGAUAUCUUUGAAAGGCAACAAGACAAACCAUUGCAACAACAUCAACAAAUUCACGAAGAGAAAUCUUCAAUGAUACCACCACCAGCCACAACAACAACAUUGACCAAAAAUGAAGCUCAACCACAACGUGUUCCAGGCAAUCAUAGUCCUUUAGUCCUUCAACGUUUCUAUCAUCAACAAAAUCAAUUACGGGAAAAAGAGCUAGAACGACAACAACAUCAUCAACAAAGUCAUCAUACAUUUUAUAAUAAAAAUUCACCAUCGUCAUCAUCAAAUGAUAGCACAAAUCCUUUUCAUCACAGCAAUUUUUAUCAGACAUCUGCUAAUUCGUCGCCACAGUCACAACAACAUCAACAUUUUAGUUCGCACAUACCAAUUGCCUCAUCAAGUACCCUGUCAUCGUAUUCAACGUCUAGUCAAUCAUCUACACAAUCUUCACAAUGUUCACAAAUUGGUGGUGAUAUGCCGUCAUCAUCAUUGUCGUCAGCUCAAGAGCCACAACAACAGCCACAUCGUCAUCAGCAUGGACCAAGAAGUUUACCCUUAAUGUCAAGUUAUGAUAGUAAGCUAUCAUCAUCGCCUACAUCACCCCCACAAACAGCAACAAUGGGUUUUGGCACGACGGCAACAGCAGCAACAAAAGCAUCACCAACUUCAGCGUCCAGCAAUCCAACAGCAGGUCAUUUGCAAUAUCAACCACUGCCUCAACAAUAUCUAACAAAUACUCCUUAUGCAAAUGUUAUGCGUGGUUCCAGAUCGCCACCCAUUUCACCACCCGAUGAUGCUGCUUCUGGUGGUGGUGGCAAUCAAAAUCAACGGAUGGGUGUUACAAGUCCAACAGUUACCAAAUUAAGUAAACUCUAUAACCAAAGGCAUCAUCAGGGCAAUAUAUCACCAUCGACUGCCGCAGCGACGGCGGCCGCAUCAGCUUCGAUAGCCAAUGCAAACAAUGGUGGAACAUCUACAACGGCCACAAAGGAGAACAAUUAUAAAUCGGAAAGCGCCCAAAAAAAUACCAAAUACCAAAACACAGGCUGGUUCAAUACAUUGGCCGGUGCCAUGAAACGCCAGCUGUCCAAUUAUGUUAAAAUACAAACAUCCAAUAACAAUUCUCCUUCAAACUCAGCUACCACAUCGCCCACAAAUGGAGAUACCAAUAAUGCUGCUGCAACAGCCGAUAAUAACAAAACGAAUCUAUUUUAUCGCACCAUGUCAACGGGUAGCAGUAGUUCACCCGGUAAUAGUCAAACCACAUCACCAUCAAAUGAUGGUGCAUCGAUCGCCUUAAAAGCCACAAGUGGGAAUGGUUCUGAAGGUUUUUAUGAAGGUUCAAGUGCCGGUGGUUUUAUACGACGUUAUGCUGCAUCGACGGGCGGCGUUUCGGCAUCACACACAGGUGCUGGUACAAAUCUAAAUGCUUCGGGUGGUAGUUCAGCAAUACCAGCGACACAUACACCACCCCAUAUUUUGGCAAAUUUGGAUAGAAGGCAUCGUUCGCCAGAUCCACCGCCACGCUAUAAUCGCGGUCAAUCGCCAUUGCUGUUGCGUAAGAAUAUUUUGGAAUUAAGUGGUCAACCACCAGGUACAUCGCCCUUAUUAAAUAGAAGAUUUGUUAAUGCCUCACCACCCCUGCCACCACCAAGACGUGGCUCUGAAAGUGUACCCGGUUCACCACAACAUUUCCGUACCCGCAUCCAUUACACACCCGAGCCACAGCGACGUAUCUAUCGGACUAUAGAUCAAUGAGUGGCACUACAAAUAAUGGUUAUGUGAUAUUGGUAUGGUUUUGUUGAUGAUGAUAAUGU